CCCCCCCACCCCCUCUCCUCUCUCCCUCCCACUCCCUGCUCCUCUCUCUGAGCUCGAGCCUCUCUUCCCCCUCUCUGUUUUCACGAGUUCUCCUCCCGAAACCUGCACGAGACGGCCAGUGAAGCGCGAGGCGAGUCCCCCCUCUCCCCUACACUUCAGUCAACAUGUCUACAGUUGUAACCUCGACCAGAUUCACAGACGAAUACCAGCUGUACGAGGAACUCGGAAAGGGUGCCUUCUCUAUCGUCCGCCGAUGCGUCAAGAAGUCCACCGGCCAGGAGUAUGCUGCUAAAAUUAUCAACACGAAAAAGCUCUCAGCCAGAGAUCACCAGAAAUUGGACCGGGAGGCCAGAAUCUGUCGUCUGCUGAAACAUCCAAACAUAGUACGACUCCAUGACAGCAUCUCAGAGGAAGGCUUCCAUUACCUUGUCUUUGACCUCGUCACUGGAGGAGAGCUGUUUGAGGACAUUGUUGCCAGAGAGUAUUACAGCGAGGCGGACGCCAGCCACUGCAUCAAUCAGAUCCUGGAGAGCGUCAGUCACAUCCACCAGCAUGACAUUGUGCACAGGGACCUCAAGCCAGAGAACCUGCUCCUGGCCAGUAAGAUGAAGGGAGCAGCGGUGAAGCUUGCAGACUUCGGUCUUGCCAUCGAGGUGCAGGCGGAGCAACAGGCAUGGUUUGGUUUCGCAGGAACUCCGGGGUAUCUGUCCCCAGAGGUGUUGAGAAAGGACCCGUACGGCAAGCCAGUGGACAUAUGGGCAUGUGGUGUGAUCCUGUACAUCUUGUUGGUGGGAUAUCCUCCCUUCUGGGACGAGGACCAGCACAAACUGUACCAACAAAUUAAGGCCGGUGCAUAUGACUUUCCUUCUCCAGAGUGGGACACGGUGACCCCCGAGGCCAAGAAUCUGAUCAAUCAGAUGUUAACGAUUAACCCUGCCAAAAGGAUCACCUCCGACCAGGCCAUCAAGCAUCCCUGGGUCUGCCAACGCUCCACUGUGGCCUCCAUGAUGCACCGUCAAGAGACCGUGGAGUGUCUGCGCAAGUUCAACGCCAGGAGGAAACUUAAAGGAGCUAUCCUCACAACAAUGCUGGUGUCCAGGAACUUCUCAGUGGGACGGCAGCAUACCAGCCCUGCCGCUACCACCAGCACGGCCGCAAUGACACAGGAAGCGUGCAAAACCUUACUAAACAAAAAGUCUGACGGUGUGAAGUCGCAGGGAACCAACAGUAAAAACAGUGUAGUGAGCAGCAGCAGCACCAAAGACAGCAGCAUGUCAUCUUCAGCACCAAUGGAAGCCCAGACAACUGUUGUACACAACCCAGCUGACGGCACCAAGGGCUCCACAGAGAGCUGUAAUAACACAGAAGAGGAGGAGAUGAAAGGUAGGAAAGUCGCUGCCUGUGAGUCUACUACUACAGACAGUGCAGUGUUAAGCCAGUGCAGCACUUUUGAGGACCAGACCCAGUUGCCUCAGUACCCGUCACCCACCUCUGGUCCCCUGCAGGAGGCUGCUAGCAGCCCCAGUGUCCCUCAGAGCUCCUGUCCUGCACCAGGGUCCGCUCUGUCGCCCCCCGCAGGCAGCAGCCGCAACCUGCAGCAGACUCGUAAACAGGAGAUAAUAAAGAUGACUGAGCAGCUGAUUGAAGCCAUCAACAAUGGGGAUUUCGAGGCUUACACGAGAAUCUGUGACCCUGGACUGACUUCUUUUGAGCCUGAGGCUCUUGGAAACCUGGUGGAGGGCAUGGACUUCCACAAGUUCUACUUUGAGAACCUGCUGAGUAAAAACAGCAAGCCAGUGCACACCACCAUCCUGAACCCCCACGUCCAUCUGAUCGGUGAGGAUGCCGCCUGCAUCGCCUACAUCCGCCUGACGCAGUACAUGGACACGCAGGGCCGGCCGCGCUCCUGCCAGUCGGAGGAGACGCGUGUGUGGCAUCGCCGCGAAGCCAAAUGGCUCAACGUGCAUUUCCACUGCUCAGGAGCGCCGGCUGCACCCCUGCAGUGAACUGACCCAGGCCCAGCUUUGCCUGAACUCUAAAGCUGUUUGGAGCGUUUAUUCUCCGUGGUCGGAUGUGCCCGGAUCCUGGCGAGGAAGAGGCUGCUUGGAAAGUUGUAGAAACACAAAUGUGGGGAAAAUGCAUUAUACAUUAAAAUGGGGGGGGAGGGAGAAAAAAAACACAAAAAUAAUUCUGCGUAUUUCAAAAGCUUGACUAAAUGACCGACCAACACGAUCCAGUCCAACCCUAGCUAGGUGAUGUUGGUGCCCGGCGGCCGUCAGCCCCCUCUUGCAGAUGGUGCAUGCUUCUGGUGGCGACGCUGUCCUGGUCCUCGUCUCCUAUGGCCUUUAUUUCCCUGUAUUUGUUUUGUCUGCUGUCUGGAAAAGUAUUAAAAAGAAUAUAUAUAUGUGUGUGUAUAUAUAUAUAUAUAUAUUAUCAGAAAAAACAAGUACACUUACCACAUACGGAAUAGAACUGGGCGGCAAGUACAUCUGCAAUUUGUUUUAGUCUUGAGAGAGCAGCAGAACGUCUACUUUAAUAAGUCUGGUUUGUGUUACAGGUAUAUGAGGGUUGGGUUUAUGGGAGCAGCUAAUAUCUACUUAAUAUCAGAGUUUAACAUCCAGUUUAAGUGUGAGGUCUGAGCAUCUGCACACGGUUAUAAAGGCGUCGAGAUUCGUUACUGAAGGGACCUCUAUUUUGAUUGUGUUUUUGUAUUCUGUGUUAUGAAGCUGUUUUUAUGAUGUAUUUUAAAGUAUUGUGUUAAACGAUCAUUUUUAAUCAAAAGGGGGAUUUUAUUUAAUAGAAGUGUAUAAAUAAAUAUUUAUAUAGGGGAACCAUGAUUUACUUUCAGGGUGAAGGGAGGCGAGUUGAGCAUGAGUGGGUAUUUUUUCUCUGCUUUGAGGUCCCGAAGUGUAAAUACAAAUACUCACACACCAUGCAUGCACGCACGCACACACAAGGUCUCUGUGCUCCAGCCUUGAGCUUUAGACACAACACACGUCCAGGCCCGCUCAUCCUGAAGUUGCAGAAGGCCUCCAUCUUUCUGCCCUGCAGUGUUUGGAGUUAAACACAGAGGCUCCAUGGGUCAAAGUCUAAAGCUCCUCACAUGUCUGAACUACCUAAUCUGAAAGCACGGACGCACUCUCACGCCAACUUUGUACUUUUCUUUAUCUGUUUUUGUGUAUUUUUGAUGUAAAGCAUGAACUAUCUAAUGGCCUGUACUGUUUUUGCACAAACACUUAUGACUCGAUGCUGUUGUGUUCGCUCUGAGGGAGUGAACCUUUCUGCAACUUCAGGUUACGCUCGCCAAAAUCCUUCCUCUCCACGUCGUCUCUGCCCCUUUACUUCCAUCAUUCCUGCCUCUUAUACUCUCCAUCCUUCGAUAACCAGCCCCGUUACUGUCCGAGUAGCACCACGCCGUGUGAUGAUACUGAUGUCACCUUUAUGCCUGUCUCUUGUUCUGACUGUUCUUAAAGUGUGUGUGUGUGUUGUCAGUUUUGGCUUGCUGUACUUCUGUGUGAAGUCCUGGAAAUAUUAAAAAAAGCAUGUUAAAAAGGCAGUGCAGCCGAGGGAUUGGACAAAAAAAAAAAAAAGGCAUGAUGGGAAGAGGGCUUUGCCGGCUGGAGGGCUAUGGGACCGUCGCUGAUGGCAAUCAAUGGAUUUGGUCCCUUUUGUCAGUUUUUGUUGUAAAUGUUGUAGUUGUUGGUGUUUUGGUGUUGAUAUUUUUAUCACUUGUUUUAGCCAGAACUACUAAAAAAAAAAAUAUUAGGGGUUGAAAUAAAUGGAGGCUGAGAUGGCCACAACCCUUCUUUUUUUUUUUUACUGCCCGUUUCCUCACAUGUUGAGAGAACUAUAGUGGAACUCGCAUCAUAUAAGCACAUGUGCAAAGAUUCUCCCUUUAAAGAGGACACAACAUAUCUCCGUGUCAGUGGUUAAACUUUGCAGCACUGAUGUCUCACUGUCGUAGAAACUUUGUACCAGCGGAGGGAUGAACCCGUCUGUGCUACACUGCUCUAUAGUAACUCACGCUGUCGCUGGUGGUCACGAUCAUGCUUCAAUCACACCGACAACAUGAAUCAUAUGUGAGACCUGUCCUACUGUAUCAGCCGCCUGUGCUUCUGAGUGAUGUUGCAUAUCUGACAUGCCAUGAAAACUGUGUCCCCUUCCCCCCCAUCACACUUUUUGCACCAUGAAUCACCACACUUCUCCGUUGUAAAACAAUUACUGAAACUGAUGUUUUGUAUGGCUCUACGUAGAUCUGUCGUGUGUGUGUGUUGAUGCCAGGUGAUGUGUCUGACCAGAUGCUUUUCUUUCCUUGUGUAUUUCCAGUCAUGGGGGGUGUUUGAAUGGAACAGUAAGAUGAAGUUAAACUUUACAGGGGAUCUGAGGGAACAACCAGCUUCAUAGUGAAGUAUUAGGACAUUUGGAUCGAGUUGAAUUUGCAUUUGUUUGAUAUGAAGCCAAACUAGACCUUCACAGCAGACAGUUUGUUGCAGGAAAAGCACAAUUGUUGUUCACAAUGAUUUGUUACACCUGUGCUUUUCUUGCCAUCACAAUAGAUUCAGAGUUGACAGUCUGAAGAAUAGGCAGCUGGUGCAGUGACACCUUUUAUUUAUAGUUAGUUUCUAACCUUUCUAUCUCAUGACUCCUUAAAAUCAGGCAGUAUCUAUCACCGGUCAACCCAAGUGAUUCUCAUCGUUUGGAUCAUUUCAUCCUAAACGUCCACACAUUGAAAAGCUUUUUUUCUAAUCCUGUUAAAAAGGUACCCUGUGGAAAUAAUGUGUGCAGACGUUUUGCAUACAUAAUGUCAUAAUCCACAGAUUCAGAUGGAUGCUCCAACAUUAAUAUUAAACAAUAACUACAUCAGUUAUCUUUUCAGUUUCAUGGCCCUGCAGAGUGACCGCCCUGCUUCAGCUGAAGUGUCAUUGAGAUCCAUUGUAACAUUUUAAUAUGACAGGGUAUCGACUUCUAGUCUCACUGAUGUAAAUAGGAUACGUGACCAAAUAUAAACUCACCUUUACACACGGUAACUUUUGGGCUAAUCGCUGCUACGACCUACAAGAGAAAGAUGUUUCACUUUAGGUGACCUGCUGUCUGUUCUGCUUCAUAUACUCUUAUAAACUCCAGUUAAAAUACUUUGGCAAAUGUCUAAUAAAUGUCAGAUUAACACAACCCGACUAAACUGAGGGGAAGGAAUAUCCUUAAAACAAAAAUCUUAUAUAUGCAGUUCUACAAAUGGAAGAAAUAUGCAUGUCUACUUUCUGGUUUUUUCACUGUUUACUUGAUAAAGAAAUGGAAACCUGUGUUACUUGCAUCCUCGAGGUUUUGAAAUGGCUCCGUCUGAGAUAUGGAAACCAAGUGAUUGUUAUCUCACAUUAAAAUGUGGAAAUGAUUAGCAAAAGCCUUCGCUGGUAUGUAAGUACAUUGCAUUGUAACCUUAUACUAAAGGGGCUACAUGUUUCUACUGUUUCGAAUUGGAUGCUGGAUUUUUUUGCAUGACCAUACAGUUAAUAAACAUACAUUAAAAACUA